CACUGUGGAGUGAAGAGAGCAGCAGAAUAAGAUAAAAAGAGGAAUAGAGACGCACUGUGCCAAUCACUGAACCAGGAUGUUUGUUCUCAUCUGGGCAACUCUACUCUUCUCUGUGAGAGACACGGGUGCAUCAGUGGAGGGAAAACCAUUCUGUGAUAAAGGAUUCUGUAUCACUCUUAGUGAAGGAGAAAUAACAGCAGAGGCUGGACUCAACAUCACUACAGAGGAGACUGUGACUCUGGAUGUGGCCUAUGUGAAGGAAGUUAAAAUCACUGGUAAUACAAGUGUGAAGGAGGGUGAGACUCUGAAUCUGACCUGUAGUGUUGAAAGUUUUCCUCCAUCUCUAAUCACCUGGACUAAACUCGGCUCAAACAGAAUCUUGAACAAUGACACUGGAACAGCCACACUUGUCAUCCCUGACGUGACGGCAGAAUUUUCUGGACAGUACAUAUGCACAGCAAAACAUAAGGACAACCGAUUGAUGAAAGAAGUAAACAUAAGAGUGAAAUUUUUUCCAAGGAUCCUGAGCAGCUCUGGAUGUGAGGUUCAGUUGGGGGUCCUAACCUGUGUGUGCAUCAGUGAGGGGAUUCCUUUACCCACAAUCCAAUGGCCUCUGUUGAAGAACCAUGCUGAGUACUCUGUUAUGACCAAUAUGUCACACCACAAAGUGAACAUCAGCUCUACUGUAUCUGUCAAAGAUUACAACUACACCACUGUUGAGUGUGUCAGCAGCAGUGACGUUGGGGAAGAGAAAAGGAACCUUACGAUAAAAAACAAUGAUUUCAAACCAGAGGAUCCAUUCAAGACAUUUUUCAUGACUUUACAUAAACAUCCACAAGUCAUCAUUGCAUUUUUGAUUGGGAUUCUCCUUACAGCAACCAUCUGCUGCUUGGACAGAAAAUGCCACAGGAAAAAACAAAAGAGCACUAGGAAUGAUAUUGAGACUCUGGAGAUGGCGACAACUGAAGCAGAUCCAUUGAUCAAUGCUGGUCACGCAGUGGAAAAUGAAGAAGCCAAUGACCAAGAGGCAGCUGAAGGAAGAGCCGAGGCUGCUGACCAACCAGCCGCUGGCGUUGACAUGGAACCAAAAGAGGUGGAAUACUCUGACAUUGACUUCCACUUGUGGAAUAGGAAGAGUCCAGCAGGGGCAAAGAAUGCACAAGAGACCACAGAGACAGAGUAUGCGGAAAUUAAGAACAAAGAAAUGGAGGAGAUACAAGACAAUGGUGGAGAGGGUGGUGAAAUGUUGGAGGGCAAUGAGGAGGAGGUGACAAUAAGGGAAGAUAAGGAGGCACAAGAGUGUAUGUCGGCAGAGGAGGGAGGAGGGGAUGAGCUAGUUUACUCUAAUGUGAAAGAAAUAAUGGGAGAGACUUAAAAAGUUAAAGAAACGGACAGAUGUUAUACAGAGGUACAUUU